GUCAAAAUAAAUAUGUUGAUUUGGUUGGCGCCAGAAAAGUUUGUAAUUUACUGUUUUUCAUUGUUUGGAUAGUUUUUCGUUAUGAAAUUACAGUGUCAAGUGGAGGUCGUGAAUAGAUUGCAUAGUAGUUUAAGUAUAAAAUCAAAUGGACGAUAUCUAAAGUCAACAUUAGCAUUAGCAAAACAGCCAAAACUCAAAAAAGACGAGGAAACAGAAUAUGUUAUCUUACAUUUUUCCACUAUCAAUAAAACAGGGAUCAAAUACAAAGUUUCAUCUGUAAAACAAUUAUUUGUCAAAUGUAUCGAAAAAGGGUUAAGCACUGUACGGUUCGAAGAACCACCAGUAGACUUGUGUAUAAAAAGUGAAGCAACACAGCUGAAAUGUUUUUUAAGAUUACUGAAGUCUUGUCUAUCAGGCAAUUGUAAAGAUGUGAAACUUGAUAAUAUAUCAAACAUAAGUGUGACACAUAAAGAUAUAGCCCCAACUAAAAUGGUAAUUAAAGAUCGAUCUCAAUUCCCUGAUAAAGGAUUCCCAAGAACUCUGGAAUUCCUUCAUAUAAUUGGUCUUAAAUUGCAUAAUUUCCGCAGAGACAUAUUAUUACUACGAAAUCUUGUUGUAUUAGAUCUAAGUGAUAAUGAAAUUGAAAAAAUUCCACCAGAAUUUGGAAGACUGCCUAAUCUUGCUGAGCUUAUUCUAGUCAACAACCAUCUUGGCAAACAAUCAAAAGUAGAUUGGAGAUGGCUGCUAGGCCCACAGAUUAUCAAAAAGUUAAAACUAUUGGAUUUAUCUGGUAAUUCAAUCAAAUUAUUACCAAAGUCUAUCUGGAAAUUGCAAAGAUUAGUCACCUUGAAAGUUGACAAUAACAAUUUGAUCAAACUGCCAUCAACACUUGGUCGGCUUGGAUCUUUAAGAUACCUUUCUCUGUCAAAAAAUGAACUGGAAACACUGCCCUGCAGCCUGAUGCAGUGUCCUUUAGAACAUAUAGAUAUCUGCUAUAAUAAGUUCCAAAUGAGCAACAAUAAAACCAUCAAUAUGGAACAUUCUCCAUGGGAAAUAUAUGUGGGUAGCCUUGCUCAUUUGGUUUCUAAAGUUGUUCUCAAGCACAAGAUAUUUUAUGCGCCUAAUUUGAUACCCUGGACUCUGGUAGAUUUUUUGGACAACUCACAUAUGUGUGUUUGUGGUGCCCCAGUGGUAAAUGAUAAGACACACCUCUAUAAAGAAUUUGAUUUAAAAAGUUUUUUUAAUGUUGUUGUAUUUGAUAGCUGUAGAAAUAGUUCUGUUUGCUUUGAAUGUUAUUUUUGUUCACCCAAAUGUUUUUCAAAAGUGAUCAAGUCCUCAUGAAUACGCUCAUUAUUAUACCUAAUGUAUUAUUCUUAAUUAUUUAUUAAUCUGCUUUAUGCUGUAUGUUGUGUAGUUGAUUAUUACGGUCUUAUAUCUAUACUAAGUGUAAGUAAUUGAGAUUAAGUAAAUUUAAUAAAGACAAAAAUAUGCAACCAC